CAACAUGUUUUUGGAAUUGUUGUUGGGCUUAAUUGCCAUUUUGUUUGUGUGGGAUUAUUUCAAUAAAAAACAUCGUAAUAAUGUAUUAUUUGAAUCGUGUAUACCGGGACCUAAAGCAAUGCCUAUUUUAGGCAAUGCUAUGGAUGUGAGACAUGUUAAUAGUGAUAAUGUCAUUGAUUCUAUACGCGAUUUUAAAAGAAAAUAUGGUAAAAUUUAUCGGUUUUGGGUGCUGCAUCAAUUGAGUGUUGUUAUUUUGGAUCCUGAGUAUUUGGAAAUUGUGUUGAGCAGUCAACAGAUGAUUAAGAAGAGCAGUUUAUAUGAUUUUCUGGUGGGUUGGUUGGGUCGUGGUUUGCUCUUGAGUUGGGGCAAGAAAUGGCAUUCGAGACGUAAGAUUAUAACGCCCACCUUCCAUUUCAAAAUUCUCGAACAAUUUGUGGAGAUUUUCGAUCAGCAGAGCAGUGUUAUGGUCAAGAAAUUGUACGAGAAGGCUGAUGGCAAAUCGGUUAUUGAUAUCUUCCCGGUUGUGUGUUUGUGUGCCUUGGAUAUUAUAGCGGAAACUGCCAUGGGUGUUAAGGUAAAUGCCCAAGAAAAACCCGGUCUGGAAUAUGUCCAAGCCAUAGCCAGUCUUUCCCGCAUUAUGGCAGAUCGUUUCGUUAUGCCUACGCAAAGAACUGAUUUCCUAUUCCGUUUAACGGCUCCCAAACAAUAUCAAGAAUCUCAGCGUUGCAUUAAAGUUUUGCAUAAAUUCACCACAGAUGUUAUAGAACAAAGGCGUGCGGCUCUCGAGCAAUCGCUAAAAGAUGGCUCUUUGAAAACUGAAACUGAGGAUUCCGAGUUAAAUGCCAAAAAACGCAUGGCUUUAUUAGAUGUUUUAUUACAAUCCAACGUGAAUGGUGUGCCUUUGACCAAUGAGGACAUACGCGAAGAAGUUGAUACAUUUAUGUUUGAGGGUCAUGAUACCACUACCAGUGGUAUAUCAUUUACUCUUUAUUUGAUAGCCCGCCAUCCUGAGAUCCAACAGAAACUGGUGGAGGAGAUCAAGGAAGUUAUAGGCACUGACAAAAAUACACCGGUAACCUAUCGUGAGCUGCAAGAUCUGAAAUAUAUGGAAUUAGUUAUUAAAGAAAGUCAAAGAUUAUAUCCUUCGGUGCCUGCUAUUGGUCGCGAAAUUCAAGAAGAUAUAAAAGUGGGCGCCAUUACCAUUCCCGCUAAUACAAAUGUAAAUAUUCCUUUGUUUAUGGUCCUGCGCGAUCCUGACUAUUUCAUUAAACCCAAUGACUUCAUACCCGAGCGCUUUGAUAGCACAAGCAAUGAAAAAAUCCAUCCCUUUGCCUAUACUCCCUUCUCGGCGGGACCACGCAACUGUAUCGGGCAAAAGUUUGCCGUGCUUGAAAUUAAAAGUACUGUUUCGAAAAUGUUGCGUCAUUUUGAAUUGUUACCGCUGGGACCUGAUGUUAAGCCGGUGAUUAAUCUUAUAUUACGUUCAAAAACUGGUAUGCAUAUUGGUCUUAAGCCCAGGGAUUUGCAACGUUGAUCAAAGAAAAGCAAGAAAGAGUUGCUUUUUAAUAAGUAUUUUUAUAAACAUGUAAUAAGUACACAUAGAGAACAGAUUCGUAGUAGCAAUCGAAUGAUUCGGUUGCACACAUAGAAUUUUUCGGUUCUAUCAUCAGUAAGUCAGUUCAUAAAGAAGAAUUUCGGUUGCAGCAACCAAACUUUUGUUACCCUUUCUAAAAUUUUAUAGCCACAACUGUAAAAUUCGGUCACUAAGGUAGAAUCAUUCGAUUGGCAACAAAUUCGGUUGCUAUCACGAAUCUGUUUUCUUUUUGUAGAAAUAUAACCGUAUGAUUUAAUAGUUUUUAACAAAUAGUAGUUGUAUUUAUAUAUAAAUCAAAAAUAUUUAACAUCUAAUAUUAGUUUUUUUUUAUAACAGCUCAAAUUUUAUUAUAAAACAAUUAAUCACCCCUAUCGCGAAUCAAUAUUUCACAUGAAAUAUGUUCCCUUUUCCUUUUUUCGUUCAUCAACUUUGUUCACGUGAAAAAAUUCCGCAUGCUGUGGUAUUUUGUAAACAAUAAACAGCUGUUACGAACAAAAUCAACUAUUGUGAAUGAAAAGUUCAUGGGGAAUUUCACGAUAGCAAUUUUCCCCUCGAGGGAAAUGAAUAUUUCAUGGGAACAAAAUUUCACAUGUUAUUGCCGAUAGGGGUGAAUAAAACCAUGAUUUGUCUCAAUUACUCCAAAAAUUCUCCCAUUUUUAUCAAAAGGUUUCUAUACAAAAAUUUGUUAUCAGUUCUUCAGCGUGUCAUUUCAAAUUAGAGGUCAAAUUUUCAUGACUCUGGCGCAUAAAUCAGGCUGAAUUUGAUGGCUGUGGUUUGUUGCUUAUUCGCAUAGACCUGCGAUUUAAGAAAACACCACAAAAAAAGUCCAACGUUGUCAAAACGCACGAUCUCUGUGAGCAGUUCACAUCCCACCUCUUGGGAUGACCAUGCCCUCUUGGAUCUCAUGUGGAUUGAUAUCGUCUCAAAUUCAAUAAUUUUGUUUGCUGACGUAUCCAUUUAUCCAAAAAUGGGCGAAUCGCUCUGAACGUUGCCCGAACAGAACACCCAUUUUGAUAAAACAAUUUUAUAAUUUGUAUCACCAUGAAAGGAUACAUCGUGAUUUGACAAAACAAACUGAAUAAAUUAUAUCUAAUUCGACAGAUAUAGCUUUAACAAUAUGGCCGCUAUCAAAUGUCGAAGUUCGCAAGUCCCUAUUGGAAGACCCUUUAGUUAAGUUUAUACACCUACAAAUAAAAUAUAACGUGUUUUGUAAUAUUGUAAAAAUUAAUUAUGCCUUAAUCUAUUGUUAGUUUUACGAGUAUUACUACAUUAAUAAACAAUAAUUAAAUUUUAAUAAUGAUAUUCAGUACAAUACAAUAUUAUUCAAUAAAUCAUGUAAGCUGUAAUUAAAAUAUAUA